AGAUGGAAAUCAAUAGUGAAAUCAUUGUUCCUUUAGGGGAGUGAAUUCUGCUGCCUCUCUCCCUGCCUUCUGGCUCAGCGUGAGCAUUUGGGGGAGGGCAAAACACAGUAGAGGCGAAAGGAGCUGGAUGCUUUAUUUGAUUGUCGGUUGGGUUCAUGUUAAACCAGGGCAUCGCUUUUCUCGCAGACAAAGCAUCUUGUGUUUUCCUCAUUCUGUCUUCAUUCAGGAGUUGGGUGUCAAAUGAAUGUUGCAGAUAUAGCAGAACUAGUGGUAUACUGUAUAGGGGGUUACUUUUGCCUAGAAGAUGUAUUAGAGCUGACUAUUAAAAUCACCAGAAAUCCUGUCUCUCUCUGUAUGCAGAAUUUGUGCAAAAGGCAGUUAUUUUGUUUGUAAUGGAAUCAGUUAUUUGAGUGAGCUCUAAUACAUCUGCUGGGAAAGGGAGUCCCCCUAUAAGAUAUAUUGGAUCAUUCAUCUAACACCCAACUGCUAACAACUGCCUUCCAUCUGCCCCCUCACCUCUACUUCCCCAUACAUCUCUUGCUCUUUUAGUGUGAUGAUUCUGCUGUGCCAGAGUGUGGGAGCCUGGUUACUUUUUGCAUAUGCAGUUAGUGCCAGCCCUGCUGAUGAGAGUGCCACGCGUGGGAGCCGGAGAGACAAGGGUGAUCCAGCAUUAGAUGAGAAGCACCAAGAUACUUACGGCACAUUUGCUUCUGAGUUUUAUGACUUGAGAUAUCUUUCAGAAGAAGGUUAUCCUUUUCCUACAGCUCCUCCGGUAGAUCCGUUUGCAAGAAUACGUGUAGAUGACUGUGGUAAAACAAAGGGCUGCUUUAGGUAUGGCAAACCUGGAUGUAAUGCAGAGACCUGCGACUAUUUUCUGAGCUAUCGCCGCAUUGGAGCCGAUGUAGAAUUUGAAUUGAGUGCAGACACUGAAGGCUGGGUAGCUGUUGGGUUUUCCUCUGAUAAGAAGAUGGGAGGGGAUGAUGUCAUGGCCUGUGUUCAUGAUGACAAUGGAAGGGUUCGCAUCCAGCACUUUUAUAAUGUUGGUCAGUGGGCAAAAGAGAUUAAGAGGAAUCCUGCUAGGGACGAGGAAGGGGUGUUUGAAAACAACCGUGUAACUUGCAGGUUCAAGCGUCCUGUAUAUGUACCAAGAGAUGAGACUAUAGUGGAUUUGCACUUGAGCUGGUACUACUUAUUUGCAUGGGGCCCAGCAAUACAAGGAUCUAUAACACGGCACGACAUUGACUCACCUCCAGUGUCAGAGAAUGUAGUGAGCAUUUACCGAUAUGAAGAUAUUUUCAUGCCUUCAGCAGCUUAUCAGACCUUCUCUUCUCCUUUUUGCCUUCUUCUCAUUGUAGCACUGACAUUCUAUUUGUUGAUGGGAACCCCAUAAAUUGUUUCAGUCCAAAGUUGCCAGAAUGUCAGUGUCAUUUCUGUACUGUUUAGUCUGAGACAUUGUUUUGCCAUUUUAUGCUAUGGUGGCCUCCAGUAUGCAGUAUUAUAAGUUGUGAGAUCAUGGAACAGGGUCUGAUUGUAUUGCCAUUUCAGAGGAAAAUGACCUGACCUAAAAGAUAUUUUGUUAAAUAUUGAUUUGAUAAGUUUGUUUUGUUUGGUUAAAUGAGAAAUUAAAUAAAGGUGCCAACAUCAUGAUUAAUAUAGA